AUGGCAGCAGCAGCCUCAUCGGCUGGCGCUGCCAUUUCAUCAAUGAUAACAUUGAUGAGAAAGCAAAGUUUCCGUAGCGAUUUUGUUCCAUUAAUGGAUUAUAACCAAGAAGAUUCAACGGGUGGUAAUCUUGAAUGGACGAAUAAACCAUUAGCUAAAUACAUAUUUCGUCUUACUGGUCUUUUAAGUUUUAUUUCAACAUGUAUGAAUACACCAAAAACAUUUGAAUAUCAUCCAUAUCUUCAAUAUACAACAUUUAUCAUCGAUAUAACUUGUGCAAUUAUAUUAACAAUUGAAGCAGCUGCAAAAAUGAAAACUCGAGGAAUAUUAAGGGGGGAUUCAUCUUAUUUACGUGAUCGAUGGAAUCAUUUUGAUGCUAUUAUGGUUUUAAACAUCUAUAUUUCUAUUAUCUUACAAACAUUCGAAUUAAUUGGUAUUAUAAAUAAAUAUUCAUAUUUUACACUAAUUCGUUCUCCACGUCCAUUUAUUCUUAUAAAAGUUCUCAAAACAUUUCUCAAAUUUGAAUUACCUAAAAGCCAGAUUAAAUCUAUUCUUCAACGUUCGAGUUCACAAAUUUAUAAUGUAACAGUGUUUUUUCUAUUCUUUAUGAGUUUAUAUGCCAUAUUAGGUGUACAAUUUUUUGGAUCACUUACAUUCCAUUGUGUUAGAAACGGUACCGAUUUAAAUAACGUGACAAAGUCAGAUUUAAUGAUACCUGAUACAUAUUGUUCGCCAACAAAAGAUGGUUUUCAUUGUCCAGAAAAUUUUACUUGUAAAAAAAUUGAAAUUGAACGAAAUUUACGUGGUUAUAAUGGUUUUGAUGAAUUAGCAACUAGUUUUUUUUCAGUUUAUGAAUCAGCUAGUCAAGAAGGAUGGGUAUUUCUUAUGUAUCGAGCUAUUGACAGUCUUCCAUCAUGGCGUGCAUUUUUUUAUUUUAUUACAUUAAUUUUUUUUCUUGCAUGGCUCGUCAAAAAUGUAUUUAUUGCCGUUAUUAUUGAAACAUUCGCUGAAAUUCGUGUUCAAUUCCAACAAAUGUGGGGUUCAAGAGGAGCACCAUCAGAUAUUGAAGCAACAAAAAUACUUCAAAAAGCUGAUGAUAGUACAUUAAAAUUAGUGAACAUAGAUGAAAAUAAAAAGAAAGGUGUAGCACCAGCUAUUUUUUUAAAAAUGGUACAAUCUCCAUUGUUUACAACAAUUGUUAUGAUUGUUGUGCUUGCUAAUACAAUUUUUACGGCAACUAUUAAACAUACACAUAAUGAAACAAUAGAUAAAAAAAAUCGUGAUCUUUAUCAUAAAAUUGAGACAUUAUUUACUUUAUUGUUUGAUUUGGAAGCACUUUUUAAAAUUUUUUCAAUGGGUUUUAAAAAUUAUAUUCGAAGAUCAAUAUUUAAAUUUGAAUUUAUGCUUGCUGUGGGAACAACUCUUCAUUGUUUUCCAUCAUUCUAUCGAAGUCAUUUUACAUAUUUUCAAGUUCUACGUGUCGCUCGUCUACUUAAAUCAAGUCCUUUACUUGAAGAUUUUCUUAAUAAAAUUUUUGGUCCGGGUAAAAAACUUGGUAGUUUAAUUUUAUUUACAAUGUGUUUAUUAUUGAUAACAUCAUCAAUUAGUAUGCAAUUAUUUUGUUUUAUUAAAGGUCUUAAACAAUUUGAAACAUUUCCUCGUGCAUUUAUAUCAAUGUUUCAAGUUUUAACACAAAAAGGAUGGGUUGAUGUUAUGCAUUAUACAAUGUUAUAUAGUAUUCAAGAUGUAGCUCCAUUUGUUGCUAUUUAUUUUAUUGUUUAUCAUCUUGCUAUUAAUUUGAUUGUACUUUCACUUUUCGUUGCCGUCAUUUUGGACAAUCUUGAACUUGAUGAAGAUGUUAAAAUGAUUAAACAGUUAAAAACACGUGAAGCUAGUGCUGAAACUCAACAAAUAUUGCCAUGGCGUUUACGUGUAUUUGAACGUUUUCCUGAUCAUCCUCAAAUGAUUGAAUUAUCACGUUUACCACAUGAUUUUAUGAUUCCAAAAAUCCGUGAUAGUUUUAUGCGUCAAUUUCUUAAUCAAGAUGAUAUUUAUUCAUAUCCACCUGAAAUUUCAAUGAAUAUAUAUAAUAAAAAACAUACAGUUAAAACAUUACAUACACCAGAAUAUCGACCAACAGGCGAAACUAUGAAACGAACAGCUGUAACUAAUAUUAUCAGAAAUGCAAGUAAUCAACGUUUAUUAAGUGGUGAUGCUAGUCAAGUACAUUUAGCAAGUAUAGCUGAUAAUAAAUUAUCAAUAUUUGUACAACAAAAUAAAAUUCGACUUGAUCGAAAAAAUUCCAUGCGUCGUUCAGGUUAUCGACCAAAACCAGUACAUGUUAUACGUGAAAAUGGAGAUAUUGGUGCAUUACAUGGUCGUAAUCAAGAUGAGUAUGAUAUCAAAGUAUUUCAAUAUCGAAAACAACAAGCUGAAUUAAAACGAAAUCAACAAGAAGAAGAUCUUCGCGAGAACCAUCCAUAUUUUGAUACACCUUUAUUUACAAUUGCACGUGAAAGUAAUUUUCGAAAAUUUUGUCAACUUCUUGUCGAAGCUCGUUAUAAUGUUAAUACAAAAGAUCGUCUAGGACAAGAAUCAAAAAUUAGUCGAUAUAAACAAGGACAGUCAGUUUUCUUUUCUUUUUUUCAAAAUCUAUCCAUCAUGUUAUUCUGCUAA